AUGAUUAUCGACGGGGAGAAGUACGCCUGCGAGGCUUGCGUUCGGGGUCACCGUGUUAGCAAUUGCCAACACUCUGAUCGUCCCCUUCAACAUAUUAACAAGAAGGGACGCCCCGUCUCCCAAUGUCAACAUUGUCGCUCCAUGCGCAAGUCUCGCUCUGCUCACAUCAAGUGCGAUUGUGGCGAGAAGACGAGCAAAUGCGCUCACCUGCAACCUUUAGCCGACGGCCAUCGGGAGACUUGUUGCUGCAACCACGGUGGUCGCUGCACUUGUAGCCACAAGAAAGAACCAGCCCUCGACACCGUCCCCGAAUCCGACUCAGACAAGGAAGCUCUCCCUCCUCGACCGAAGCCGCCCGUCCGCAGGCGGCGUGCGAACACGGUCCAUUCUGAUGGCAUGUUGACCUUUGAUGAGCAUGGCCACCACAAACCAGCUCACAAGCUCAACAAGGCUUCUCAGAAGUGCGGGCCUUAUCAACUCAACCGUGUCAAUUCCUUGCACAGCACCAGCAGCUUGGGCAGUCACUCUCCGGAGCGCAUCAGCGACAUCCCUCUCAAGGAUCCCGUAUCAGGCCGUGUCGCACCUCUGCAACAGAGACUUGUCAAGUCUGAAGCUGCCUCUCCACUCAUGAGAGGUUCAUCCAGUUUCCAGCAACUCAACAACCAGCUUCCGCCCCUUGAUCUUUCUGGCAUUGAGUACCCAACAUACGUACCCAACGCCUCUUUUGACCUGUUUGGCGGAUCGGGAAUGUCGUCGGAUCAUGAUGCGCCUAUCUUUAGUGCUGGGCUGAGCGCUGCGUCCGUGGAUUGGAGCCACAUCGAUCUCACUGACAGGACGGAUAAGUUUGCUCCCUCAAGUUACAGCCAGGCUGGCGCUCAGAGCUUCAAUGGCAUAUUCGACUUUGGUACGGGCUCCGAGCCCGCUCCCACCCUCGCCGCGACUACUUCGACAUCUGGAGAGGUCUCUGAAGUAGAGGACAACUUCAUCGCUGGCGACAGUGACUACGACGGCUUUGGCACCGGAAGCAACAGCUUCAUCCACCCAGCAAGUUUCCUUGCUACCAGCGCAGACCUUAGCACGAUUGACUACGAUAGCUUCGCCAAAUCAUCGAACAACAAGUAUAUGGCGGCUCCUUCUUCAUUUGAUGACGGCGGCCCGAUUGCUGGCGGUUCCCUCACUUUUGACGAUGACCCAGCGUUCUGGGGUCAGCAGUUCAACGACGGCAUCGCCACAUACCAAGAAUCGCCAGACGGUCUGCCUGCGUUUCAGCCGGAACCCUGGACAAUGCCUUAG